AUGAGAGCCAGUGCCCAGGGGCCCCUGGGGAUUGAUGACAGCCUGUCAGCUAGCAAAGUGCAAAGGGCCUGCUUCUCUAUAGGCACUUCCACUUCUCUCCUCUCCAGCUUCAAAUUCAAAAGUGCCAUUAUCCUAAUUAACCUUGGCAACGCAAAUGUGGACGUACAGUUUAUAUUCAGUGACAUAUACCAUUUUGAUGAUGAAGCCUUCUAGGGAGGAUGAGAUCUCAUCACAGCAGGUGUGUCUUAUGUGAAGGCCAGUGUAAAAAAGGAAAACUUUGUAGCAGCCAGGUGGACUCUUGGACACAUUUUGCACCCCCUACAGGACUUCUACAGCCACAGUAACUGGGUGGAGAUGGGGAACACGGCCCCUUACAGCACCCUGAUCAGACCUGACCAACCUUUUGAAAACCUGGCAGGUUUUGGACCUCUAAUUAGGACAACCAAUGCAGACAUCUUCAAAGACAGCAUCAACAAGCGGUCUGCUAGUGGAGGAGGAGACAUCCCAGAGUUGAGCCUGUCUGGACUGCAGCUUGCCUUGCCUGGAGCUCCACCCUCCUCUGAGAUCUUUUUCACUGACGCUCCAACCAAAGAUGUUUAUUUAAAAAGCACCAUCACAGCCCUUAUAGAGAGCACCAGAUCUGUGGUAAAUUUCCUGUUGACAGACUCCACCUCCAGUCGAAAACGCCGCAGAGGAAUUCAAGUUCUGUCUCCACGUUCACUUAGCCAGUCAGAUGCUCAGUUAUACCAUGACCUAGCCCAAGCCUCAGGAGGUCAGGCCAUUGAAGUCACCAAGUCAGAUCUGUCUGUGGCUACCACUGUUAUUGAGGAUUCAUCAGCUAGCGAUGUGGUCACAGUUUUUCAGGUAGUGAUGAAUCCUGGAAAGCCUGACACUUUCACAUUUACUGUUGAUGGUUCACUAAGGAACAUGACAGCCUACAUCACAGGAGCCUCAUCUCUCACCUUUGAUCUCACCAGCUCCACAGGUGUAUCUCAGAAUUCCAGUCAGUCUGGUCCUCUGGCAUCUUUCACCACAGUAGGAAACCUACGCUCUUUACGCCUCAACACUGACAAUCAAACAGGGUCAUGGAAAAUCAGUGUUAACUCAAAUGACUCUGAGUUAGGAAAUGGUAACUUUCUUAUACAUUUCAAUGGCGUACCAGCAGGUGAGUUUGUUGUUCGCCUUAGAGGUGAGGACAAUAGCUCCACCCCCAGGUCAACACCAACCAGCUUCCAGAGGCAGGCCUCCACACAGAUCAAGACCUCCAGCAUCUCUGUUACUACCCAAGCCAACGACACAAACAUAGAACCAGGCUCCACCAUCUCCAUCCCUUUCACAGUCGCCACAACGGUCAAUGGAGUCGUUAAUGACAGUGCAACUGAGACAUUCACCAUGCGAGCCAACAAUGACCGUCACUAUGUUUAUGCUUCACCCAGCAAUGUCACUGUAGCAGCAGGAGUGGAGGUAGAAAAUGCAGCUGCCACUGACAUCAACUAUGCUGUCCUCAGGUUUUCUGUUGCUGCCAAGGUGACAGAUGUUAACCGUCCAGGGUGCCAGGUAGUCAGUACAUCAGCCAACUGUCCAUUCUCUUCAUCACUUUGUGCUUCCUCCCACUGGGAAUUCAUUGCUAACCUUACCAAUGGCAUCAAUGGGACUGGCAUUGAAAGAAUCACCAUCCGAAAAGGAAAUGGUACCCUCAAUACCAAUACAGCUGUUGGAGCAGGGGGUGAGAGCGUUACAAUGGUUUUCUACACCGCUGUUCACAGACUUUAG